AUGGGUGAUGUAUUUAAUCUACGUUCAUUUGUUGGAAAUCAAGUAGAAAAACUCUCUACGCCAACGAGUGUCUUCGUUGAUAAAUUUCGGCAAACAGUUGACAAUUUCAAAUUUCCGUUCACUUUAUCAACAAAUACUGAUCAAGACACAUUACAAAUGCCAACAAACGAUGCAAUACGUAACAUUUAUCUAUCCGAAUCACUCUCGACGUCAUCAACAUCAUCAGUAAUUAGCAGUCAUCAUCUUUUAAAUUCACGAUGGACUCCAAUAACAUUACCGGACUCCAUGUCGAAUAUGAAACUUGCCAGUGAACAGCAAGCAUAUCGUCGCGCAACUUUGAAACGCCAUGUUUCAGAAUCGAACAAAUCCGACGACGCAAAUCUCUCUCGACCAAUCUUUCAUGAUAAUCCACCGAUUGAUGUUAGUUGUUUACUAAACAAAAGCAAUCCUUCACAGGCAAAGCACACCGAUCGAUCUCGUUCCUUAAUUCGACAGUCAACAGAUGCCACAUGUACAUAUCCUAUCCGUCGUGCCAUGCGUCGCAUGGAGUCCGUCGAGAUUCCUGGCUUAAACGGAGUUAAAUCAAUUCGUUACAUAACUGACGAUCUCGGCAAAUUAGAACCUGAUCUGUAUAAGAAGCAAAUCUCGUCAAAUGAUUCUUCCAACGAAACUGGUGAACUGACAUUUACACUUUUCUACAAUCAAACACUAUCAUCGUUGAUAGUCACAAUUCUUUCCAUUGAUAAAUUGCCAUACCGAAAUUCGAAUUCGAAAGCUUUACCAAACCCAUUCAUUAAACUAACAUUGCUGCCUGAUCGUCGAAAAAAGUUUCAAACCAAACUCCACAAACAUACACGCUCCAGACAAUUCAAUGAAACAUUUCCUAUACCAAUUGCUUUCGAUGAUUUACAAAAGCGCAUACUACUUUUCUCCGUCUACGACUUUCGUCGUUCUUCGAAACGUAAUCUCAUCGGUACAAUCAAAAUCGAAGAUAUCUAUUCUAUACCAAAUCUCACAUCGUAUGAUGUCGCAUUUACGAAACAUAUCAUGCUUGGCACGGAGAAUAUUAAGAGAGCAAUCAACAUAAUUGCUCACUGUUUCACGCGAGAAUUCCACUGGGAUUUACAUUUUUUUAUAUUGACAUUUACCAAAGAACAUCAAAGCGAUCCUGAUCUUGGUGAAUUAACGGUUUCCUUAUGUUAUUUACCCAACGCAAAACGUGUUACAGUGACAAUUGUUAAAGCCACUUCAUUAAAACCAAUGGAUAUAACUGGCAAAUCUGAUCCGUAUGUGAAAGUCAUUCUGCUGAUCAAUGGUAAAAAAGUUCGCAAGAAGAAAACAUCUGUUCUAUCAAAUACGCUCAACCCAAUAUACAAUGAAAGUUUAGAAUUCGAUUUACGUAACGAAGAACUGGACUAUGCGGAUUUGAUAUUUAAAGUGAUUGACUAUGAUCGCGUUGGUUUGAACGAACUAAUCGGUUGUAUGGGUAUCGGUGUCAAUUUUAACGGACUGCAUCGUCAUCAUUGGUAUCAAAUGUUAGAAUAUCCACGUGUACCAAUUACUCAAAGUUAUAAUCUGCGUGAUACAGUGCCGAGUCUAUUGUAUACAAAGUCCAAAAUCAAUCAACAGAAAAAAUGA